CGCUUUCGGACCAGAACCAGAGCGCUGCGUCACGGGAACGCGCUCUGUGUGACCUCACAGCUGGAACCCCGGGAACGCGCAUAAUGGUAGAAAUGGCCCAGUUUGAGUCCUGAAGCUUCACCUUGUCGCUGUACAGCACAUUGACAAGUCGAUGAGCAGCCUGUGAUCGGGUCGAUGGAGCCAUUGACCGAAACGGAUCAUCUCCUUUGUGAGACUGGCCAAAAAAGUCAGACAAACCAGGAGUGUGAUCGAGAGCCACAGGAUCACAACAUCCUCCUGGAGAAGAAUAAGACGGAGGUGCUUCAGGAGAAGGACAAGUGCAUUCUGACGGAGUUGGAGGACAGAGAGAGAUCUUUGGAGGAAAGACUCACUGAGGUGAUGAAGGAGUUGGAAACGAAAAGCAAAGAGCAGAUGAAGAUCCAGAAAGACUACGUGAAACUGUGGUUAAAAUAUGAAGAAGCUUUGUCCUAUUUGGCUGAUGCCAAGUACCAAGAAAAGAAAGCUAAGGAAGUUAAUGCAGAGCUGAGGCACAAUAACUCUGUCCUGAUCGAGCAGCGGGCAGCAUUGCACAGCUCAGCGAAGUACAUGCGGAAAUUACUUUAUAACCGACACAAUCUGUGCAUCAAGAAAGCAAAGUGUACACUGCAGAACGAGAACCAUGAGUUGAAGAAUCAAGUCGGAACCUGGCAAACAAAAGUGGAGGACCUUGAGGAACAGCUAAAGACUUGUAGGACGAGUGAAAAGGAACUGAUGGAGCAGAGGCAAAGCCAGAGUGACUACUACAGCCUCUGGGUUAAAUAUAAAGAAGCUGUGUUCCAACUGGCUGAUGCUAACGACAGGGAGAGAGAAGCUCUGGAGAACAAUGCCAUACUGAGGAACAGUAACUCCGUCCUGAUGGAUCAGCAGAAAGUAUUGCAAAACUCAGUGGAUCACUUGCGGGAUUUAUUCGCUCAAGAACGCAAGAUGCAUGUCAAUUCAGCAAAAUCUACACUGCAGAACAAGAACAAUGCCAUGCGGAAGCAAGUCCAAAUCCUGCAAACCACAGUGAACAUGUUGGAGGAACAGCUAAAGACUCAUACGACGGGUGAAGAGAAACCGAUGGAGCAAAUGCAAAGCCAGAAGGACUUCUUCACACUUUGGGUUAAAUAUGAAGAAGCUGUGUCCCAUCUGGCUGAUGCUGAGGACCAAGAGAUGACCGCUCUGGAGGACAAUGCAGAGCUGGAACACAAUAACUCCAUACUGAUUGAGCAGCAAAAAGCUUUGCAGAGCUCACUGGAUUACUUGCAGGAAUUAUUUGCUCAACAACGCAAGACACGUGCCAAGUUAUUGAAGUCGACACUGCAGAUCGCCAACAAUGCCCUGAGGAAGCAAGUCCAAAUCCUGCAAAUCAAAGUGAACAUGUUGGAGGAACAGCUAAAGAUUGGUGAGACGGGUGAAGAGGAACCGAUGGAGCAGGGGCAAAGCCAGAAUAACUACUACACCCUCUGGGUCAAAUAUGAAGAAGCUUUGUCCCAUCUGGCUGAUGCUAGAAACGAAGAGAGGAAAGCUCUGGAGGACAGUGUAGAGCUGAAGCACAAUAACUCCCUCCUGAACGAGCAGCUGGAAGCAUCGAAAGGUGUAUUGCAUCAAUUGCUGAAAUUAUUUCAUGAUUUUCGCAGUACGGGUAUCAAGAUAACGCAGCCUAUGCUGCAGAACGAGAACAUUUCCCUGAAGAUGCAAGCCAGAAUCCUGCAAACCAAAAUAGAGAACCUUAAAGAACAUCUGGAGAUUCGUCGGAGGGGUGAAGAGGAAAUGAGACCAGGACACCAGGGGGCAUCGUAGAUCACGGAUCUCUCCAAAGGGAGAAAACACAUCAAGGCUGUGGUUGCACCAGCGUUGGAGAGCAGGAGAACGACAGAGGACCCUCUUUGUCAGUCGGUGAAAACAGAAAUAAAAGUGCCAAAAGACAUUUAAAAAAAAAUUCUUGGAUUCAUAAGUUUUCAUGGCUGAGGUUUGAUCACGAGAUGAGAAAAAAAGAGAGACUGUAAGAAAACACGGCGAUGGUCGAAAGCAUAAAAAUGCUCGUGAAUGGAAAAAGCUAGAAAAUUAAAUUCAACACCACCGAUAUGAUCGCUUUCGUCCACAGGUCAUGCUGUAAAAAGAUGGCAGAAUGUUUUACAUUUUUUAAAGUUCAUUCUUGUGUGGCACUGAAUAUAAUCUGGCACCUGUUGUUUUUCCUCAUGAGCGCCAAUCGCUCCUUCAUUGUUUUUGUCUGGAGCCGUGUAAAAAGAGACUUAUUUACAUAACCUGAUGACAUCAUCAAGACAAUAGGUGCUUCCACAAAGUAUUAGUUGGGAGGGGUGUUCAGACUUCCACAAAUCAAGCUGUGGGAAUUGUGUUUAAAAUAUCACCACAAAUUAAAGAUUUUCUGUUUGUUGGAAUUGGUUAAAAAAUUUAGCAGUAUGACGUUUUUAUUUCUGUCUUUAAAUAAAUAAAAAUCCUGCAAUUUUA